AUGGCAAUGAUGUGCGAGACCUGCUUGAAUGGAGGGACACUGAGUGAAGAGGGCUGUAAAUGCCCCCCUGGCUUCGGAGGACAUCAGUGCCAGAACAGGGUUCCAAUCUGCUGGAACAAUGGCACCUGGGAUGGGCUCAAGUGUGUGUGCACCAGCCCCUACUAUGGGACGAGUUGUGAGGAGGUGGUCUCAAGCCUUGACAUAGAAUCUCCGCCAGAGACCGUCUCUGCCCAGGUGGAACUGACCGUGACAGUGACCAAUAUAGGGUUCUCUGAAGAGCUAAAAGACUGGUCUUCUCAGGAAUUCCAGGAUUUCAACGAUACAUUCACAAAACAGAUGGAAAUUGUUUAUUCCGGAAUCCCUGAAUAUGAAGGGGUCAACAUCACAAAGCUGAGUCCUGGCAGUGUGAAGGUGGAGCAUGAUGUCAUCCUGAAGGCCAACUUCACCCCAGAUUACAAGGACGUUUUGGAUAAGGCCAUCCAGGACGUGGAGUCAAAAAUCAAGACUACAACUCAAGAACAAAUAAGCACAAAUAAUACCUGCGAAACCUUACUGUGUUUCAACGAGACUGCCACCAGGGUGCAAAACAUUUCAGUUACCCAGUACGACCCUGAAGAGGAGUGCCGGGAGAAGGCCGGGCAAGACUUCGCUGAGUACUUCUAUGUGGAGUACGACGACAACGGGAAACCAAACUGCAUCAGCCGUUGCGAGCCGAACUUCAACAGGUCCCUCAACUGCAACCACGGGACGUGCCAGCUGGACCGCAGCGGCCCUCGGUGCUACUGCCUGAUCACAGACACUGAAUGGUACAGCGGGGAGACGUGUGAAUUCAGCACCAAGAAGAGCCUGGUGUACGGGCUCCUCGGGGCGGUGGGCGCAGUGGUGCUGAUCAUCCUCGCCAUCCUCCUGAUGUUCAUCUUCCGCUCCAGAAGGCAGGUGGAAAGGCAAAAGUCCAAAGUGGCUCAGUUGUACAAGUGGCAUGAAGAGGAUGGUGGGCCAGCCCCUGGGACCUUCCAGAACAUUGGCUUUGACAUCUGUGAAGAACAAGAGAACUAUAUCCGCCUUGACUCCAUCUAUAGUAACUUCCAGCCCGCCCUGGGCCACAUAGACUCUGAAACAAAGAUCAGAAUUAAGAGGCCUCAGGUGAUCAUGACAUCGAUUUAAGGCAAAGAGUUUCGCACGGAACUCUGGGGUCUGGAAGUGAGUUCGACUAAGCUUGGUGGAGCAUUUCCCCAUCACGAGCAUUCCACGGGAACUGAUGAGAAACAACACCUACCAGCACUUACCUAGGAGGAAAAGGAGAGAGACCACAGUGCUGGGGAACGCUCAAAUAAAAGCACCGUGGAAGCUCCUGUGGGCUUGCCAUGAUCUCAGGCGAGGUCCUCCCGCUCAUUCCAGGGAGAUUCUUCCUCCCGACGGCCCUGCUUCAGCACCAAGGACAGCGCCCGAAUCAACUCGUUUACCCGGAGAGAUUGCUUACACUGGACUGAACUUGAUACAAAAUGCUUUUGCAAGAUUUAUUGCAUCUCAUCUUCAUGACA